AUUUAUCAGCAGAUAAGAAGAUAAGACAUCAUUCUUAAUGAAAUAAAGAAAGGGAUGUUUAGUUUGUAUUAAGUAAGCAGACCUAGAUCUACCUGGUAAUGCAGGAUCUAAAUGCUUAUAUUAAAAAAUGUUUCUCACUGAUGCUGUUCACUGAGUGAGUUUAUCACAUUAUCAGCACUGAAGUAGCUGUUAUAAAGAUACAGAGGUGUAACACCCCCUUCUGUGAAAUGUCGACAGCCUGAUUAGUAAAAGCAUAUUGAGACAGUGUUUAGCGUAAAUAGAUCAUAAGUAUUCUGUGAACUGUAUUAAAUAUUUAUUCCUGCUUCCUUUAAUACAUUAGGAUACAGCAGAUGAUGAUCGAAACCCCUCAGCACCUCGGGACGUUGCAAAGGUUUAUAUGACAGUGGACUGGCCAGAAGAAAUACCUCCGAGAUGGAAAUAUCAUCUACAGACAGCUCUACAGACCUGGUGUUCUCAGCAGCCUUUUAAUGAACAGAAAUGCAUUGUUCAUGAAGUUCAACUUUUAGGUGAUGGACACACUGCAGAGGUGGAGAUCACGCCAUCUACUGCUUUAAAUUAUAUAAAAACUGCAACUUUAAUGUUUAAGCAGCUUGAUAAAAGCGCCACAGUGCACUUUCAGAAAGAUAAACCAAAGUCUCUGAAUAAAGGAUCCAGGCCAAAGGGGAACAUGACUGUGAAAGAAAUAAUUCGACCUGAGCACAUGAAGGAUGUAGGAGCUGCGUCUAAUCUUCCAGGACCCGCUGACAUCCCAGGAGCUCUCACUGUCCCUCCCUUUCUAUACUGUUAUCUCAGUCAAACUUACAGAAAGGAACUGGAACAGAUUGAGAAUAAGUUUGGAGUUAAAAUAAAUGCAGAAACAUGUGUUUCAAUCUCUGCUAAGAAAGCUGAUGAGAAGAGUGAGAGUGAUUCUGUAAUCAAAGCUACUCAGGCCUUUACUGAUCUUUACCUGGCUAAAGCAAAUAAUAUCAAAUCUGUCCCUGUCCCUCAAUCACACAUGGAGUCUGAUGUAAUGAAACAGGUGCUGCAACAUAUUCCAGAUGAAGAGAACAAGAUCCUGCUAAACAUGUCAGCAAAUAACAACCUGCUGUUUGCACCAGAACAUAUUACAUCGAUGGUUAAGAAGCGGUUAAAUUUGGAACCUGCUAAAUCACCUAGCUACAAUAAUCCCUACAACACUGAGAUGGACACUAAGCAGUGGAGAUCAUCAGAAAGUUCUUAUUUAAGGCAGACACCAAAUAACUUGGACAUGCACAUCAAAAACGCACAAGCUCCAGUUGAGAUGGAUGGGACACACUGGAAAUUAUUAAAUAUUGUUUUUGUGAAACAGUUACAAGAGAUCCAAAAUAAAUUUGGAGUUCAGUUUGAUGCUGAACCUGUCAAAGGCUCGGUGAAGGUGUCAGCGCGAUCCCGAGGAACUCAUCAGGUCAAUCUCGAAGCUUACGCCCUCAGAGCUUUAACUCAUCUCUACCAAAAAGCUGUCACCUCAGCAGUCACCUGUGAUCUUAAAGACCCUUCCUACAUUAAAAUAGCUCAACAGAUACUUAGCUCUCAACACCCAUGUGUGGGUGGAGGAGAAAGCAAUGGAAGCUGGAAACUUUUUGGACUGCCAAAGUAUGUCAUUCCCGCUAUAGCUGAUAUUGAAAAGAUUAUUGGACGUACUGUAUUUAAUGAGGAGACAAAACUAUCGCUGGGAUAUCCAUGGGAUUUUUUACAGGGGCAGAAGGGGCAAAUGGAAAUGGAGGAGAUGAGAGGAACACAUGGCACUGACCUGAGAAGUGGAGCCAUGCUGCAAAACCUUUAUUUUGUCCAGGAGCAAAGUAAAGUAAUAAAACAUAAAGAGACAAAGAGUAAAGGAGAUAAAUGUUCAAUUUGCCUGGAUAUGUUAAUUCAAAAGACAAAGAUAAAAUGUGGACAUGAGUUCUGCAGUGAGUGUCUGAAACAGUCUAUAAAAAGCAGUGGAGAAGUUUGCCCUGUAUGUGGGAAAUGUUUUGGGAUAUUAAAAGGAAACCAACCGAAUGGAACAAUGUAUAUACAACACCUCAAAGACAUAGACCUUCCUGGCUUUCCUGAAUGUGGUACAAUUUUAAUUUUGUACAAAAUACCUACUGGCAUUCAGACGCGUGAACAUCCAAACCCUGGAAAGCCUUACAGUGGGACUCAUUGCACUGCGUACUUACCGGACAAUGCUGAAGGAAACCAUGUGUCCAAACUGCUGAUGAGGGCUUUUGAUCAGAAACUCAUCUUUACUGUUGGAUCCGUCAUGAAAACUGGAGAAAAAGAUGCAAUUACCUGGAAUGGCAUUCAUCACAAAACAAGUACAUAUGGUGGACCUGAGUGUUUUGGCUAUCCUGACCCAAACUACUUAAAAAGAGUGAAAGAAGAGCUGAAGGCCAAAGGCAUAGAGUAACGAUUAAAAAUACAUACCUUUACGUUCACACUUUAGCUUAAAUACUAUAAAAUAAAAUAAAAAGAACAGGACUUCAAACAAGACUUUUUGGGGUCAAGAUGUAUACGAAAAUGAAUAUUAUAUUUAACUAUGUAUGAUUUUAUGAACUAUAUGAUUUUAAAAAAGAAUGCUAUCCUGGUGAUAUUAUCUAUAUGAACUAUAAAUGAAAAGUUGGAAUCUAUAAUCACCAUUACUUUUUUUUAAAUUUUUUUAUAAUGCACAUGAUGAAACAGAAUCCAAAGUUACAGUACUGUGUAAGGGGGAGGUUUCAUAUUGGCCUAUAGUUGAACAGCUGACAAAGGUCAAGGUCAUGUUCCCAAAUUAGCAAUUAGAAAUUAGCACACACUUAACUGAUUACACCAUCUUUCUGCAUGGUGCUGAUUCCAAACCAGUUUAUUCUCUAUGGUGCAGGAGA